AUGGUGUUGUGCUGCAAGUCGAGGCUCUUUAAACUUGUGAAGCCAUUGAAAUUUGGAGGGGGUUUUCAAAAGGCAGUUAAAGAGCUUCAAAUGGAUCAGCUUGUGACACGAGUAUAUAGAAGAAGGAAGCUCGUAUCGGGGCCUUCCCAUAUUUCUAGAAUUAGUUCCUCCACGGAACCUCUCGACAGGAAUAGAAUCCACCGGUCGAUAUCAAUAAAACCUUCAAGACCACUGAUAGAAAGUUUGAAUUUCUCGAUGGAGCCCAUGUGGAGUAGAAGGACAUGGUCAAUGACGUUGACUAGUUUGUUUUUCAUGAGUGAUCUUGAAGGUUUUAUUGAUGUCGACCGGUGGAUUCUAUUCCUGUCGAGAGGUUCCGUGGAGGAACUAAUUCUAGAAAUAUGGGAAGACCCCCGAUACAAGCUUCCUUCUUCUAUAUACUCGUGUCACAAGCUGAUCCAUUUGGAGCUCUUUAACUGCCUUUUGAAAUCUCCUCCAAAUUUCAAUGGCUUCACAAGUUUAAAGAGCCUCGACUUGCAGCACAUCACUAUGGAUCAGCUGGCCUUCGAGCAUAUGAUCGUGGCCUGUCCUCUGCUCGAGCGCCUGACUGUGAUGAACUUUGACGGUUUUACCCUUCUGAAUAUCCGUGCGCCUAAUCUCCUUUUCAUUGAUGUCGAGAGCGUUUUUGAGGAAGUCAGUUUUCGGGACACCUUCCACCUGGCUGAUGUCUCUAUCGGAUUGUAUAUAGAAAACGACACCGAACGAAAUGUGGGUUUCGGCAGCACGGGGAAUUUGAUCAAGUUUUUUGAAUGUCUACCCCACAUACAAAGGCUUGAGGUGAAAAACUUCUUUUUGAAGGCACGCGAGGAAGAGGAAGAACAAUCAACUGUUACACCAAAUCCCAACACUACUGUAGAUAAUCUCCGUACCCUUCCUUUUACUCGGCUUCGGCUGAUUAAGAUUGUCGGGUUAUCUGGCAUAAGACAAGUGCUGGAUUUCGUCAGUUUCUUGCUUGCAAAUGCACCCGUGCUCGAGAAAAUGACCGUUAAGCCAGAGUCGAUGGAUUGUGAGCGGGAGCUGCUCAAGGAGUUGCUUCGCUUUCGACGUGCUUCCACAUUUGCCGAAAUCGUUUUCCUGGAACCUUAG